AUGAUCUGCCUGCCAACUGUGCUGCUGCUUUCGGCGUUCGCCUUGGCGAUGGGCCAGGAGCAGAGCGCUGCUGCCGGUGUCGUCGAGCACUCGAAAGAUUGUCGUACGAUUCUCGCCAACAACGGCGACCCGCAAGAGGCACUGUUGUGCCAGUUGAGCGAGAGCAGCAUGCUGCUCGCUCAACUCGGCGCGCUCGUCUCCGAAGGUGUCGAGCGUCUCGUGCAGACCCACGGUUUGACGGUUGACGACGAUGGCGAGAGCGGCGAUAUGGAGAAGCGCAAGCACGAAUACUUGCGGUUCGGCAAAAGGAAGCACGAGUAUUUGCGUUUCGGAAAGAGGAAGCACGAGUACUUGAGAUUCGGCAAGAGAAAGCACGAGUAUCUUCGCUUCGGCCGCAAAUAG